AUGACUGCAAAUUGUAUUAGUAAUUUAGAUACGCUUAUUGAAGAUCAUGAAAUUAUAGUUGAAAUUGAAGCAACUAUUUCUACAGCAUUGUUAGAAGAUAAUAAUAAAUCUAUUUCAUCAAAAAAAUCUUCUCUUCCAUUGUUUGAUAUGAUAGUUACAGGUAGUGGACAUCAUAAUAAAAUAUCAUAUUCAAAGAUUAGUAAAUCAACAAAUUCUGAUAGUGAAAGUAUUAAUAAUAAAAGUUCUUUUGAUAAAUUAACUUUAAAAGAUGGGUUAUCCUCAUCUAAUAAAACUCUUUCCUCAAAUAUGAAUAAUAUAAAAGACUGCCCACUAUGUAUGGAUGAGUAUCCAGAAGAUAAUAUUGUUACAAUAGCCUGUUGUAAUCAUAAAGCUUGUCUUGAUUGUAUAAAAGCUUAUUUGAGAAUUGAAAUUAUGGAAAGUAGGGUUAGCAUAUCAUGUCCUGAAUGUUCUGAAAUGAUUCAUCCAAAUGAAAUAUAUUCUUUAUUAAAAAAUCUUCCUGAAUUAUUGGAAAAAUAUGAAAAUUUUUCACUUCGUCGUGUAUUAGCUUUAGAUCCUGAUACUAGAUGGUGCCCAGCACCUGACUGUGAUUAUGCAGUUAUUGCACAAUCAUGUGCUGCCUGUCCCCAACUUAAAUGUGGUAGAAUUGAAUGUUCAACAUUAUUUUGUUAUCAUUGUAAAAAUAUUUGGCAUGAAAGUCAAACAUGUGAUGAAGCAAGAAGAAAAAGAAUGACUAAAGAUGGUACUAGUAAAAAAGGAUAUAAACGAUCAACUCCUGGUGAUAAAUUAAAUAGAGGUGAUGUUAAAGCUUGCCCACGUUGUAAAACACUAAUUGUAAAAAUGAAUGAUGGAUCGUGUAACCAUAUGAAUUGUACUGUUUGUAAUACUGAAUUUUGUUGGCUAUGUUUAAAAGAAAUUAGUGAUUUACAUUAUUUAUCAUUAUCUGGUUGUUCUUUCUGGGGAAAAAAACCAUGGAAUAGAAAGAAAAAACUUUUAUGGCAGAUCGGUACAUUAAUUGGAGCACCAGUUGGUAUUGGAUUAAUUGCUUGUAUGGCUAUUCCUGGUAUUAUUGGAGGAUUUCCUUUUAUGGUUGGGAGAAAAGUUUAUCAAAAAUUAUCAUCUAAAUCUAAAUUUCAACGACGUUUUUUAACAAGCCUUAGUGUUGUUGGUGGUGUUAUUGCUUCACCUGUAUUAGCUGUAAUGGCUGUUGGUGUUGGUGUACCCGUUUUAUUAGCAUAUGUUUAUGGUGUUGUACCAUUAUCUAUUUGUAGAAACGGUGACUGUGGUGGUGGUAGAAAUGUUGAGGAAGAUGAUGACUUAAGUAUGGGUUCUGAAAAUAUUAUGGAUUUAUUUGAUGAAGAUUUUGAAUCAGUAUCAAAAUCAUUUGAUCGCUCUAAUAAUGCUGAGAAAAAUCAUUCAGAUGGUAAUAAAAGAAUGUCAAUGAAUAGUGAUAUUUCAAAAGUUAUGAAUAAUAAAGAACAAGGAAGUAUAAAAAGUACUUUAGCUAUAAAAAAUGGAAAAAAUGGUAUUGGUAUUGAUAUAUAUAAUGGAUCACGACGACGUAUCUCUGUAGAUUCAUAUAUUAUUAUAGGAGAAGAAAAAACAAAUUAUGAUGAUGCAUCAGUUAUGGGUAUGGCUGGAAUAUAUACAAUUAAUUCUGGUGCGCAAUUAGAAAAUUUAAAUAAUUCUGGUGACUGUAAUAGUACAAAUGCUUUAUCAGGUUUUAUUUUGGAUAAUAAAAGUUUAUCAGAAUCAGCUAAUGGUGAUAAUAAAAAUACCUUAUCAUCUAAUGGUAUUUUUUCUAUUGGUGGUACAGAAUUAAAGCUUUACAAUGGUGGUGACUCAUCUUCUACAUCAUCAUCAAAACCUUAUAAAAUUAUUUUUUCCGGUGGGAAAACUGUAGAUAUGUCAAAUUAUAAUGAACCAUACCCAUAUCAAGCUAAAGUUUUUUCAACAGAUACAUCAACAUUAUUUUCAAAGGAACAUUCAAAUACAUCGUGUUCAUCAAAGACAUCUCAGCCUAAUGAUGAUCCAUAUCAUAUUUAUUCUGUACUUGAUAGGUUUAAAAGUGUUGUAUCUGAUGAUGUUUGUCCAGAAGAACCAUAUCACCCAUCACGAAGUGCAAAUACCAAAAGUCAAAAAUAUAAAUAUAGUAGUUCCAUCCAAUCAAUUGAAGCUAAUUCAUCUAAUGAAAUUAAUAACACAGCACCUUUUGAUACUAUUUUAAGUAUUGAUGAAUCUGGAGCAACCAAUAAAGUUAAUAAAAAGAAUUCUCGGUCAAUUUGGAAUCGUAUUUUCAAAUCAAAAACAAAAGCCGGUUCAGAUGUUUAA